GACAUCGACAAUAAAGUAAAGGACUUCUUUGAGUCCUGUGAGAAUUUAGUUCAGAAGAAAGAAAACCUCAAACAAGACUUAAUCCGCACUAUUGCAGAGUUUGGUGAAAUGCCUGCGCUCAGCGGAGCAAAUUGGAAUGCGGAUAAAUUCGAUUGGGUGGAGACAGUCGCAAAAAUUGCUCACAAAUAUGGCAAAGACAUCAUCAUAGGCAUGGAUAUAAUGGCUGAUUUUAAAGACAAUAGCAUCAAUAGAAUUUACAUUGGUCAAGCGGAAAUGCCUUUAGAAAGUCGUGUUAUGUAUUUGGAUAAUUCAACAGCUAUGUAUAGAGAUAGUUACAAAAGUAAAAUUCGCAAAGAGCUCGAGAAAUUUUUGGGAAUAGAUACACAUUUGGCUACGAAGACUGCAAAUGAAAUUGUGGACUUCGAGGUAAAUUUAGCGCGAGGUUUAAUUGAUGACACACUCGGUCAGAGUUUAGAUGAGUUAUCCAAACUCACAACUAUUGAUAACUUGCAAGCCAAAUACGGCACAGUAAUAGACAUUAAAAAGCUGAUGAAUAUAACAUUGGGAGAAAUAGUUAAAGACAAAGUAUAUGAGUAUGCUGAAUCAUAUCAGGAGAACUUGUUGAAAAUUAUUCCCUUGACACCAAAAGCAACACUAGCUAAUUAUAUUUUCUAUACAUUCAUCAACGAUUACAUGCUGGAUAUCGAUAAGACGACAAAGAGGCAGAAGAAAACUUGCAUUGAGAAGACCAAGUCAUAUUUUGCUAAGAAUGUUGAUAAUAUGGUCUAUCGUAGAUAUAGUACCGGUAAAACUGAACGAGAUGUCGAGUAUAUGUGGAAUAAACUAAAAGAAACAUUCAAAAUCAAGUUACUUUCAGAUGACCUAACCUGGAUAUCAGAACCGACCCGUAAAUAUGCACUUGAAAAACUCGAUGCCCUUCGAAUGGAAAUUAAUUCAUACUCAGAUCAUGAUUUUACCGAAGAAUUCGGAUCAUUGAUUACUAAUAAACACGAUUAUCUAGCAAAUGUUUUUGCUUUAUUAGAGUUGGAUACUAAAAGAUCUAUCGCAAAAUUACAUGAAAAGCCAAGACCCAUAGAAGCUGGCGAAAUACUAUCCUACACGCCGGCUAAUAUCCUAAUUGAAAAUGUCAUUAAAGUACCGGUGUCGAUUCUGCAGCCCUAUAUUAUGUGGGGUGACUAUUAUCCAACAGCAGUCAAAUUCGGUACUUUAGGCGCGCUAGUAGGGCACGAACUUAUACAUGCGUUCGACGACACCGGACGUCGCUUCGACAAGGACGGCAAUAGUCGCGACUGGUGGGACGAAAGAUCCACAGAGAUUUUUCUUGAUCGCACCGAGUGCUUCAGCAAUCAAUAUAGUAAGUACGAGUAUGGUGGACGCGCACUACCGAAGAGCGUAUCGCAAUCAGAAAAUAUUGCAGACAAUGGUGGUAUGCGGUUGGCAUACGAUGCGUAUCUGCGUUGGUAUGAAGAUGCAGAUCGUGCUGGGGAUAGCGUUGACAUGGAAACCCUACCUAAAUUCCCCUACAACUAUAAACAAUUGUUCUUCAUUAGCUUCGCACAAAUUUGGUGCAAUGAUGUCCAUCCUCAAGUCAAGCAUCUCCAAACAUCAACCGACCAGCAUGUGCCAGGCGAGUUUAGAGUAAUUGGACCUCUCUCGAACUACGGAAAAUUCGCGGAGGAAUUUAACUGCACAGAAGGCAGAAAAAUGAACCCCCCCAAUAAGUGCGAAAUAUAUUAAACAAAAAAACAUUGCUAGGCUUAUGUACCUAUAAAUAUGUAUAUAGUACCUAUGUGUGUGUCUCAAUAUCAGUCAUUUAACAAAAAUCCAUACACAUACAUCUGUAUGUAUUUAUAUAUUGUAAUUUCGCUUUAAAAAUAACAUUAGAAG